AUGGACGUUGACGUUGACGUGGACGUAGCCGUGGUUGUAGACGUGGUCGUGGACGUGGUCGUAGACGUGGGCGUGGGCGUGGGCGUGGGUGUGGGUGUGGGCGUGAACAUGGGGAACCUGGCUUAUAAGAACAUCUUUAGUCUGAACCUCAUCAAUCUGAACCUCGUUAGAUCUAACCGCCUAGAUCUGAGCCUCAUCAAUAUGAACCUCAUUAGCUCUAACAACCUUUAUCUGAACCUCAUCAAUCUGAACCUCGUUAGCUCCAACCACUUUUAUCUGAACCUCAUCAAUCUGAACCUCGUUAGCUCCAACUACCUUUAUCUGAACCUCAUCAAUCUGAACCUCGUUAGCUCUAACCACCUUUAUCUGAACCUCAUCAAUCCGAACCUCGUGAGCUCCAACCACCGUUAUCUAAGCCUAAUUACUCUGAACCUCAUUAGCUCGAACCACCUUUAUCUGAACCUCAUCAAUCUGAACCUCGUUAGCUCCAACCACCUUUAUCUGAACCUCAUCAAUCUGAACCUCCUUAGCGCCAACCACCUUUAUCUGAACCUCAUCAAUCCGAGCCUCGUUAGCUCAAACCACCUGUAUCUGAACCUCAUCAAUCUGAACCUCGUUAGCUUCAACCAUCUGUAUCUGAACCUCAUCAAUCUGAACCUCGUUAGCUCCAACUACCUUUAUCUGAACCUCAUCAAUCUGAACCUCGUGAUCUCCAACCCUCUUUAUCUGAACCUCAUCAAUCUGAACCUCGUUAGCUCUAACCACCUUUACCUGAACCUCAUCAAUCUGAACCUCGUAAGGCCCUGCGUCCUCAGCCUUACAAUCUGA